CGCUCAUUUGGGUUGUUGUAGAAAUAGACAAACCACCUUUUGAUAAAUUUGACAUUCCAAAGAACUCAAAAUCAGCAGGAGUAAUUGAGUAAACCCUAGAUUCUGCAAUUGGAGCAUGGGUGUGCGCACUUCUCUUCAACUACUUCGUGCUUUUCGCUUCAACAGCAACGUUAUUCAUGGCCGCUCAUUUCUCUCGUCUUCCUCGAUACUGCAUCGGAAGACAAGUAAAUGUACUCAUUCCAUUGGCCAACAAACGUUUCUUCUAUCUACAAUUGUUGAUACAUCAGAGAUUGAAUGUGAUAAAUUUGUUGAUGGUGGAAUUAAAUGUGAUAGACUUGUUGAUGAUGAAAUCGAAUGUGACAAACUUGUCGAUGAUGGAAUUGAAUGUGAUAAACUUGUUGACGAUGGAGCAGACAAGGAGAAAUACUCUGCAUUGCAUGUUGCUGUAACACAACUUGCAAGUGAAUUUGGGAAAGAAUCCAUGUUGUCUUUGUCAAACUUUUUUGUUCCUCGUUGUGCUUCAGUGAUAUCGACCGGGUCCUUAAAGCUUGACCUGGCACUUGAGAUAGGAGGUUUACCAAAGGGGAGAAUUGUCGAGAUUUAUGGAAAGGAAGCUUCAGGAAAAACUACACUUGCUCUUCAUGUGAUCAAGGAAGCCCAGAAGCUUGGGGGCUAUUGUGCAUAUCUUGAUGCAGAAAAUGCUUUGGACCCCAAACUUGCUGAAGCCAUGGGUAUCAAUACGAAAAACCUGCUUGUAUCUUGGCCUGAUUCAGCUGAGAACAUGCUUAGUGUAGUUGAUAAAUUAACCCGAAGUGGAUCGUUAGAUGUGAUUGUGGUUGAUAGUGUCGCAGCUCUAGUUCCCCAGAGUGAGCUAGAUGGUGAUAUUGGGACUGGUGAACCUGGUGUUCUGUCUACAAUAAUGACCAAGGCACUAAGAAGAAUUCACUACUCAUUAUGUCGAUCAAAAACACUUAUCAUAUUUCUUAAUCAGGUAAGAUACAGUCCAACAUCCAGUCAAGGCCUUGGUAAGAGGGGUGAGACCACAUCUGGCGGGAAUGCUUUGGGAUUCUAUGCAGCUGUGCGAUUGAGAAUUUCAAGAAUUGGAUUGUUGGAAACGGAUGAUGAGGCAACUGGACUCAAGAUUUGCGUCCAAGUGAUGAAAAAUAAAUUAGCACCAGGAAUGAACAGUGCUGAAUUGGGAAUAGAUUUCGGAAAAGGACUACACUUUGAACCCGAGGUCUUAGAAUUGGCUCUUGAGCAUGGACUUGUUUUAAAGGAAGGAAACAGUUACUACAUUGAGGGUGAAAUCUUUAACAGUGAGCAGUCUGCUAAACGAUAUUUGGAAGAAAAUGAGGCAGUUUUUGGAAAUUUACUUAAGGAGUUGAGACACCGGUUAUUUGACAGAUUACCGAGAAAGAAUCGUGAUUAGUGAUUAUUAGUACUGCUCCUAGGUUUUUAUCCUGUGAUGUGCGUGCUCUUCUUUGCUUAACAUCUGCGAUGAGAUCUACGGGGAGCAGGCAGUUGGAUCCACAAGUAUACAUAUACAUGUACGUACAAGAGCAUCCCUACUGUCGGUAUCGAAGCUGUUUCUUGCUGGAAACAAAAGGGGUCGACAAAUUUUGUGUAUAUGGUGUGCUCUGUUAGGUUGAGCUCUUUUCUCGAUUCUCAACUAGCCCCCUUUUUCUUAGUCUGCCCUGUAAUCAUCAAAACAAAAAAAAACCUUUGUUUCUUUAAUACCUUUUUGAGAGUUGUACAUUUUGAGCAUUUGUAGUUUAGUAUCCUCAUAGCUAUUUGGUUUGUAACAACCAUGUGGUAUUUUUUCAAUUUAGUUCAGUUCCGUUCGCUUA